AUGCUGCCAGACAUGGCAUCUCCCGAAAAGUGGAGGUCCUUCCUCCACCAAUGUUUGGCGCAUCGUGUAGACGUCGACGAAUUCAAAGACCUAUGCAAAUUGAUGCGCGCCCGGUCUCCGGUCAGUGAGGCUGAACUACUUGAUCUACUUUUGGAAAUCCGCGGAGCAUCCAGUAUCACUUGGGAUCCACUCCUCCCCGUUUAUGUGGAUGGGCUUUGCAAGGCUGGUCAGGUUAAGUCUUCGUCGGCUUUGGUCGGCCUUUUGAAGCAUUCUUCUGUUCGCAACAGAGAUGGAAAUAGGAAAGUUUCUACCCUUAUGACCGAUAUUAAGGUCAUUCAGGAUAUCUCGUUUUGUGUCUCUACGGGCUCUAUCCCGCGCACUGUCAAUGAAGCUGCGGAACUCUAUUCCGCAACUGUGGAAUGGGUCUUUGCUGUUUCCAUCUGGCAUAAUAGUUUGGAUCCCUCGCAUCAGGAUGGUGGGCUUAUGAGCUCCCCUGAUGCGGUUUCGUUGGUCGAGGCGCUGGGUGUGCUCCUAGUUGCCUUGUCCGGUGCUGCGAAAGGAUUGGAAAUGCUUUCUACUGACUCUCCAAGAAAUGCUUUGAAAAUUGUGAAACAAAAAUUAGGUCAAGCCCUUUCGGCGUAUAUCCCCUUGUCAGUUGAUGCAUUUGUGCGACAGCGUCUGGAUCAAUUCCAGAAACAGUUCAACUUAUAUGGAGAGCAGAGUUCCAAGUCAAUGGAUCACUAUAUUGAUGGGAUGAAUGUGAAUGCUCUUCAAUUCGAGGCAUCGGUGAUGAAUGGCCCUGUUAUCAACACUAGAGCUGGUCUCUAUAUUUAUUUGAAUUCCAUGCUUGUCGGACGUCCCUUGGUCGAUGACUCUAUGCUCAUCAACUACCUCACAAACCGAUAUGAGGGCCAUCAGGAGAUCCUCGUCGAAGAAAUCAUCACAGCCGCCUUCGAUGUUCUUUCUAACGGUGUACAUCGCAAUGAAUCAAACCGUACGAUGUUCCUCUUCCGCUCGUUCCUCGUGAACAAACUUCCGGCCUUUUUCGCGGCUAUGACCGUUGCCUCCAUGGUCCCGAUAAAUGUGGAGAUGUGUGUCUCACAAGCACUUAGUCGGUUGGACCCUAAUGCCUUCCCGUCAUUUUCCCAGAUGUUCUCGAUGCAAGGCAGUAGCAUUCUUUCAGAUGCUCGCCAGGAGUUCUUAUUCGCUUGUGCAUCUCACAGGUUGAUCGCUGAGUCCAGUAUUGAGCGGCUUUUGGGUGAGAAUCCGAUGCAGACUUUGCCAGUCGGAGGGCCAUAUCAAAAGGAUGACCUUAUUGCUCAGAUCAACAACCACCCCGAGAGGGCGGAUCAAUUGAUCGGGGAGAUCGAGUCCAUGGAAGGGAAUGCGGGCGCCAUCGUUGGCGCGAUCACUGAGGUCAUGUUUAACCUUUGCAACGCGCGAGAAACCAUCGCAUUGAAGAAUAUUUGCAAUGCGCUUUCCCGGCGCCCCCAGGCCCUGGACGUUAUGUUACUUUUCAGAACUACAAAGCAAGUCUUACAACCUCUCUGUGCUCUUCUUGAUUCCUGGAGAUGGGAUGAAGAGCAAAGCGAGAACCAGCCAGUCUACGACGAAUUCGGUGGCAUCUUACUCCUCGUUCUUGCAUUCAAAUAUCGUUAUGAUCUAAGUGCAUCUGAUUUGGGAAUAUCCAACAACGAUUCUUUCUUAUUGAAGCUACUGGACCGGGGCUCUUCCAGUCAGAAGCUUAAUGAGUUAAAUGAAAAGCAGAACAUGGAUCUUAGCGCGUGGAUUGGAGCCUUGUUCAUCGCAGAAGGUAUCAGCGAAGAGACUAUGUCAUCAUGCAGUCCACAGGAGUUCUACCUUCUCGUGGCGACACUAUUCGAUCAAAGUCUCGGAGCAUGCGAAUCAGAGCGAAUGGACUUUGAAACCUUGAAGGGAGGCCUCGAAUACCUCCUUGAACCAUUUCUCCUCCCAUCCCUAGUCCUCGCCUUAACCUGGCUAGGAAAUCACAUCUGGGAAUCUGAAAACGACCCCACAAUCCCAUUAAAAACUCUCCUAUCACUCGUCAAACCGAGCUCCAUCUCCGGCGAAGCACAAACAAUCCACCAAACUGUGCUAAGCAUAACAGCUCGCCCACUGGAAGAACGUCUCAAAGACGUCCGAACCCGCCACCAAUCCCGCUCCGACAUAAAACCCAUCCUGGAUGCCCUAGACCCCUACCUCUCCUUCCGCCGCGUCGGCGCCUGUCACCGCACCGAACUCGACACCUGGGCCGCAACCGCCGUCGGCGGUCUCACAGGAAGUAUCCGAAGUACCUUCCAAUCACUAGUUUUAUGGAGCGCGAAUUCCGAAAUGAACAUGGCACCACACUCCUACUCCCACCGCCAAGUUCUAGCAGGCAUCCGUAUCCUCGGCGCUUCACGUAUCCUCGAGGCACUUCUGGACGAACUCAAGCAACAAUCCGAGGCAGGAAGUGUCGAUCUUGCACUCGACAUCGCAGCAACUAUGAUCUGUGCACCGAUGCCUGAAUCUUUUGCUGUAGAUCAAAACACGUGCCACCCGAUUGAUCCCAGUAAAGAAUCACUUCCUCGAUGCUCGAUUCUUACAUUACGUGAUGCGUUAAGUCUACAGCAUGAGAAUGUUCCUAAGAUUUCCGAAAAAGAUCACCUUCGUGCGGAGAUCAUUGUUCGCCUUUCGAGGAGAGUUCGCUUGCUUAGUGCCGCUCCGUCUCAGGUUUCUAAUAUCGAUGUUAGUAAUAUUAUCCAGAAUAUGGAUCUGGGUGUUGAUGGCCAGGAUCGAAUGGAUCUUGAGCCUUCCGCCGUUGAUGGACAACCCAGUAUCGGAGAUGAGGAUCCGGAUAAUAUUAAUCAAAUGCUUGAUAAUGCCGCUGCUGCUGCGGUUGCGGGUAUGGAUGGAGGUGUCUCGGGUGUGGGACAGGAUAUGGGACUGGAUCAUACGGGCACAGCGGGGAUGGAUGCUAUUGAUGAUGUGCUUAAUGCGGCGGAUAUGGCGGUUGGGAAUCCUGAAUUUUUGGAUUUGGAUAUGGAGGGAAUGUUUUGA